CUUAGACGCUAGUGCGUUUUAGUAGGGUACAAUCUGACCUCAGUAUCACAGAAAUGGAUCGGUUUUAUUGGUCAAACGGUUUGUUGGAAAUUAACGAGACUUUAGUAAUACAACAACGAGGCGUCAGAUUGUAUGAUGGUGACGACAAGGCUAAACUAGAUAUUGGAAUUGCCUUGCUGAGCACCCAUCGCUUGAUUUGGAGGGACGGUAAAAAUCAUGACUGCUGUAUUUCCAUGCCAUUGUCACAAAUCAUAUUUUUUGAGGAGCAGGCUGCAGGAAUUGGGAAAAGUGCAAAAAUUGUUAUACACCUGCAUCCAGUACCUGCUAACAAGGAGCAAGGUCCCUACCAAAACAGCAAGUUUUCCUACAUCAAGCUCUCUUUUAAAGAACAUGGUCAGAUUGAGUUUUUCAGGCGGCUAAAUGAGGAGAUGACUCAAAAGAGAUGGGAGAACACACCCGCUUCUCCACCCAUCCCAACAGGAGUCGGCCCACAGGCAGGAAGGAUACGCGCAGUCGGGAUUGUUGGCAUUGAGCGAAAGAUAGAGGAGAGGAGGAAAGAAACGGACAAAAACAUCUCAGAGGCCUUUGAGGAUCUCAGUAAGCUGAUGGUAAAGGCCAAAGAGAUGGUAGAGCUGUCCAAAUCUAUAGCUAACAAGAUAAAAGACAAGCAAGGGGACAUAACAGAGGAUGAGACCAUCCGCUUUAAGUCAUACCUGCUCAGCAUGGGUAUCGCUAACCCCGUCACUAGGGAAACACAUGGCUCAGGCACACAUUACCACAUGCAGCUGGCUAAACAACUGGGAGAUAUGCUCCAGGCCCCUCUGGAUGAACGCGGAGGCAUGAUGGCGCUCACUGAGGUGUACUGUCUGGUCAACCGGGCUAGAGGAAUGGAGCUUUUGUCCCCAGAAGAUUUAUUAAAUGCAUGCAAGAUGUUUGAGUCUUUGAAGCUCCCAUUGAGGCUGCGUGUAUUUGACAGCGGCGUGAUGGUGGUCCAGCUGCAGUCUCACAGCGAAGAGGAAAUGAUCGCCUCAGCGCUGGACAAUGUGUCAGAGAAAGGAUCUUUAACAGCAGAGGAAUUCGCUAAACUCUUGGGUCUCUCAGUGCUUCUGUCUAAGGAGCGUUUGCUACUGGCUGAGAAGAUGGGCCACCUGUGUCGAGACGACUCCGUUGAGGGUUUGAGGUUCUACCCAAACCUCUUUUGAGGCGUUUGCAUCUAUCAUGAAUUACAUAGAAAUACAUCCGAACUAUCACGCAGUGUAAUCUCUGCAUCAUAUCAUGUUCAGAACUAUUUUUGCCCGUGUACCCAUUCUUCCCAAACCAAAGUGAAAUAUGCUGGACAAAAUGGAGCUUGCAAUAGAAUGGUGAUCAUUACUCACAGUGUGUCAGAAAGGAAUUUUUGUAUGAAUUAAUAUGUUGAAAAUCAUGUGAAUAAAUCCCACCUGGGCCACUUUCAUUA